AUGGACAGCGGAAAGUACAAUUUCGCCAUCGACCGUGGUGGCACUUUCACGGAUGUCCUGUGCAUCACACCCGAUCGGUCGGUUCGCACGCUGAAGCUGCUGUCCGUGGAUCCGGCCAACUAUCCGGAUGCACCCACCGAGGGCAUCCGACGCAUCCUGCAGCAGGAAACGGGCCGAGCGUUGACGGUGGACGGGCUGAUCGAUACCGAACUUAUCGGUUGGGUGCGGAUGGGCACAACCGUGGCCACUAAUGCCCUGCUCGAGAGGGCCGGCGAUCCGGUAGCGUUGGUCGUUAAUCGUGGCUUCCGGGAUCUGCUGCAGAUCGGCAACCAAGCGAGGCCGAACAUUUUCCAGCUGGACAUCAGAAAACCGGCCAACCUGUACCGGAAGGUGAUCGAGAUCGACGCACGACUGGUACCGGCCCAGGAAGGCACCUGUCGGUUGGGUGAUGUGACUUCCGGCUGGCGAAAGUUGACCGGUGCGUCGGAUUCCGUGUAUCUCGAGAUGAUCCCGCUGGACGAAGAUGACCUACGGGUGCAGUUGGAAGACGUCCGAAGCAGCGGCAUCAGCUCACUCGCGGUGGUGCUCGCACACAGUUAUGCCUGCCCGGAACACGAGCUUCGGGUGGGACAGAUUGCGCAGGAACUGGGCUUCCGGCAUGUCACGUUGUCCCACCAGGCAAUGCCCAUGUGUCGCGUGGUGGCUCGCGGAUUUACUGCUUGCGCCGAGGCCUACCUAACGCCCCACGUAGAGCGGUAUCUGGACGGGUUUCGGGCCGGUUUCCGUGACCAACUGCGCGGUGCCGAUGUCCUGUUUAUGCAGAGUGACGGUGGUCUCACGCAGAUGGAACACUUCCGGGGUGCUCGAGCCAUUCUUAGUGGACCGGCCGGUGGUGUGGUAGGUUACGCGGUCACUGGUGUGCGCGAUGCGGCAGAAGAAGAACCGGAUGCAGGCCAGGAAUGUCCACCACUCAUCGGGUUUGAUAUGGGCGGUACGUCGACGGAUGUGUCACGGUAUGCCGGAUCGUACGAACACGUCAUCGAAAGCACCACGGCUGGUGUGACGAUUCAGGCCCCGCAGCUCGAUAUCAACACCGUGGCCGCUGGUGGUGGUUCGCGGUUGUUCUUCCGUUCGGGGCUGUUCGUUGUGGGACCGGAAUCGGCUGGAGCACAUCCGGGACCGACGUGCUAUCGCAAAGGCGGUCCACUCACUGUAACCGAUGCCAACCUGAUCUUGGGCCGGCUGUUGCCCGAGUACUUCCCGGCCAUCUUCGGACCGGACGAAAACGAACCGCUCGAUUACGAAGCGACGCGGGCCGCCUUCGAGGUGUUGCGGACGGAAAUCAACGAACACCUGGCGGAAUCCGGUGACGGAAAUGGGCCACUUUCGCUCGAACAAGUGGCCAUGGGUUUCGUGCGUGUCGCCAACGAGGCCAUGUGCCGACCGAUCCGUGCGCUUACACAAGCCCGCGGUUACGAUACGGCUCGGCACGUUCUCGCGUGUUUCGGUGGCGCCGGAGGUCAGCACGCGUGUAGCAUUGCUAAGCAGCUCGGCAUGGCACGGGUCGUGAUGCAUAAGUACGCCGGUAUCCUGUCCGCGUACGGUAUGGCCUUAGCGGAUGUUGUGCACGAAACGCAGGAACCGUGCGGACUCGAGCUUUGUCCGGACAAUCGAGCCGCGUUGAAGGAACGCCUGCAUGCGCUUUCUGCCCGGUGUGUAGAGCAGCUCGAAGCGCAAGGAUUCACGCUAGCCGACGAAGGUGCCAUUACGCUUGAACCGUAUCUACACCUGCGUUACGAGGGCACGGAUUGUGCGCUCAUGUGCGUCCCGGAUCGUGUGGUCGAAAACGCGGACCAUACCGUGUAUGGGUUCGGUGAUUUCGGGCGUACCUUCCGAGAGCGAUACCGGAGUGAGUUUGGGUUCGUACUCGAAGGUCGCCGUAUCCUGGUGGAUGAUAUUCGCGUGCGUGGAUGUGGUCGAGCAUCGCUGUUCACCGAACCUACCAUCGCGGAAGCAACUGGUCCGAUUUAUCCGGAGAAAACGACGGUGGCGUACUUCGAGGAUGGUGCUGGUGCCAGUGGAGGUGGCCGACUCGUGACUCCGGUAUACGAUUGCGCUCGGCUGCGAUAUGGACAUCGAGUGGAUGGACCAGCGAUCCUGAUCGAUCGUCUAUCUACGAUCGUGAUUGAACCGGGCUCACGAGCGAUUGUAACCCGGCGGGGUGAUCUUACGAUCGAGAUUGGAUCCGGUGGCCAACGGCCGGCAGUUGACGAACGGCUGGAUGCGGUGCAGUUGAGUAUCUUCAAUCACCGGUUCAUGAGCAUCGCCGAGCAGAUGGGACGCGUGCUCCAGCGGACCGCCAUUUCGACGAACAUUAAGGAGCGGCUCGAUUUUUCGUGUGCCCUGUUUGGUCCGGAUGGUGGGCUUGUUAGCAAUGCACCGCACAUCCCGGUGCAUCUGGGAGCCAUGCAGGAAACGGUCCAAUAUCAGCUGCGAGUGCGUGGUGGCACGCUGAAACCCGGCGAUGUCCUUCUGUCGAAUCAUCCACAAGCAGGCGGUUCCCAUCUGCCGGAUUUGACCGUCAUCACGCCGGUGUUCGCACCGGGUGCGACUGGGCCCGUGUUCUUCGUGGCAUCACGUGGCCACCAUGCUGACAUCGGAGGCAUUACGCCGGGUUCGAUGCCACCGCACUCGACUUCGCUCGAUCAGGAAGGAGCCGCUUUUAAAUCGUUUCUGCUCGUCGAUGGUGGAGAGUUUCAGGAGCAGACCAUCAUCGAGCGGUUAACGCGACCGGCAGAGUCGGGUGCCCCGGGUACGCGUAACCUCGCGGACAAUCUGUCCGAUCUGCGGGCACAGAUUGCGGCCAAUCAGAAGGGCAUCCAGCUGGUGUCGGAGUUGAUCGGUGCGUACGGGUUACCAGUGGUGCAGGCCUACAUGGGUCACAUGCAGCAGAAUGCCGAACUGGCCGUGCGUGAUAUGUUGAAGGCGAUUGCGCGCGAUACACGUGACCGGACUGGCCGCACGGUGCUCGAAGCAGAACAGAACAUGGACGAUGGCACACCGAUCCGGCUCGCGGUGCAUAUCGACGAGGAGCGUGGAUCGGCCGUGUGUGAUUUCACGGGUACGGGACCGGAAGUGAGUGGCAAUUGCAAUGCGCCACGUGCCAUCACGUUGUCCGCGCUUAUCUACUGCCUCCGGUGUAUGGUGGGACACGAUGUGCCACUGAACCAGGGUUGUCUGGCACCGAUCGAAGUGAUCAUCCCACCCGGCUCGAUACUGGACCCAUCCGAGGGAGCGGCCGUCGUCGGAGGGAACGUGCUGACAUCCCAGCGCGUCGUGGACACGGUGUUUGAUGCGUUUGGGACGUGUGCCGCAUCACAGGGCUGCAUGAACAACGUCACGAUCGGGGACGACAACUGGGGCUACUACGAAACGGUUGCCGGAGGAAGUGGUGCCGGUCCGGGUUGGCACGGUACCGGUGGUGUGCACACGCACAUGACCAACACACGCAUAACGGAUCCCGAAAUCCUGGAGCUCCGGUAUCCGAUCAUCUUGCGACGAUUCAUGCUGCGGGACGACGAUAGUGGUGGUGUGGGCGCUUUCCGUGGUGGUGCAGGUGUCCACCGGGAGCUGCUGUUCCGGAAGCCGAUGACACUGUCGGUGCUGACGGAACGACGAACGUUACGCCCGUACGGUGCGGCUGGAGGUGGUCCUGGCAAGCCCGGGUUAAAUUUGCUCCUGCGACGUACGGCCUCCGACGGUGAAGCGGAUCGUUCGGUCAACAUUGGUGGCAAGACGGCGGUUCAGGUGCAGCCGGGUGAUGUGUUCUCAAUGAAAACACCGGGCGGUGGCGGGUACGGUGAACCAGAGGAAGCGGACCGGCUCGGGUUUGGUGAGCGGCUGCUACAGCGGCAGGAGGCAGCGGCAGCCGCGGUGGCAUCCGUCGGAUCUUCGAAGGCGUUUAUGGAGCGCGGUAGCGUGUACGAGUACCGAAUGGCGCAGGAGUCCGUUUGAUGGCACGAGAUCGGCUUUAAUUUCAACUUCUAUCUCGUGCUGAUCGUUAUCCUGCUCGUCAUCGUGAUCGUGAUGUUUAAAUAGCCUCCGGGGGGUGGCGAAACACGGCGCAGGUCCGGGUUUCUCCUCUCGUUUGAGGGCGACAGCAUGUGGAUGACGCAAGAGCAGCAGGACCAGUAGUAGUAGUAGUAGUAGCAGCAGCUGCAGCA